UAAAAAACCAAACGUAAAACAAACGCAGUAUUUUUCCACAUGUUUAUGAUUAUAUUAUGACAUUAUGGCCUCACAUAUAAUCGAAGUAGACGAAGACAUAGAAAUUAAACUUUUACUUAAUUUCUCUAUAAAUAAAGUUUCAGAUUUACCAAAUAAUGUAUGUGAAAUAUUAAACGGCCGAUACGAAGAUGUAAUAAAUAAUGAACUUUCCAUAUUUAUUGAGGCAAUAAAAAAUGGUGAUAACUUAGAAGAAAUUAUACAUAAUAGUUUAUCUGAAACUCAUACCCAUCUGUCAUGGCUGUGUACAGGAGUAGCUUCGUUAUUAUACUUUAUUCAAUGCAAUUGGACAGGGCCUCCUAUUGAUAGAGAUAUUGAUUGGUUGAAAACCAGAAGAGAUGAAGCACUCAACCAUUUGUCCUUAUAUGAUGGAUGUAAUAUAAAUAUACGAAAACCAGAACUUAUUUAUCUGUCUAAGAAAAUAUUUUCUGACGUAGAUCUGCAACUUAAAUAUAAAAGUUGUAUUUGGUGGUUGUUUAGAGCUACUCUGAUGCAUCAACAUAUUUUAGAUGAAAACACAGGAGUAUUGUUUGAAGAAACUGAGAAUUUAAUAAUAGAAAUUAAUAAUCUGAAUAUAUUAGAACAUCCUCUUUGUAAGCUUUUAUUCAACCUGGAAGCUGGUACAUUUUAUUUGUACUAUAAAAGAUCACAAAAUUCUGAAAAACAUCUUGAAUGUGCACAAAAAAUAGCAGGCUUAAAAUUAAAUUUAGAAGGUGCAAUGGGAAAACGUACCAAGUAUCAACAAGAAGAAAAACCGCAAUUAUAUCUCAAAAUAGAAAUGAACAAGGAUACUUUCCUUUCGAUAGAUUGCGAAAAUGUACCAAGAUCUUUGAGUUUAAAUGAUUUUGAUGAUUUGAGAUUAGACUGCAUUGAGUUUUCAGAACAUAAAGAAGAAAUUAAAUUAGGUAUGAUAGAAGAAGCAAUAAUUUUAGGAAAAUAUGUUCAGUUGCAGCUGUGUCAACCUACGUACGAACUUACUGAUGAAGAAAUCAGGCCCUAUCUAAGUAGAGUUAUUGAGAGUACAAAAAAUUGGUCAUUAAAGAUGACUUCUUUAUACUAUCGUUGCUCAUCAGAGUCUAAUAAUAAAAGAACUAUCAAUAGAUCAAUGAAGCAAACACAGUCUCUAAUAAAUGAUUAUAAUGAUGUAAAAGUACCUACAGCCAGAAGAAUGGAUUUAUUUUUUGCAAGUGGUAUGAGACCGAUUUGGAUGUUGGAAGAGAAAUGGGCUAAUUUAAUGUUCAGUUUUGGCGAUGUAAAAACAGCUCUAGAAGUUUUUAUAAAAUUAGAAUUGUGGGAAGAUGUGAUUGUCUGUUAUAACGUGUUAAAUUUGAAACAUAAGGCAGUUGAAAUUAUCGAGCAGGAAAUAUCUAAGAAGCCAACAGUAAAAUUGUGGUGUCUGUUAGGAGAUGCAACUGGGGAUGUGAGUCAUUAUGAAGUGGCAUGGAAAUUGUCCGAUGAAAAAAGCAGUAGAGUACAAAAACAUUGGGGAUUAUAUUAUUUCGCAAAGAAAAAUUAUGUCGAGGCAAUACCACAUUUAAAGCUAUCAGUUGAAUUGAAUAAUAUUCAGGAAGACGUGUGGUUUAGAUUGGGUUAUGCAGCAUUACAGAUCGAAGAUUGGAAGUUGGCUGCUAUGGCAUAUAAACGUUACUGUUCUUUAGAACAAUUUGCUUUUGAAGCAUGGAACAAUUUAGCAAAAGCAUAUAUAAAAUUGGGAGAUAAAACAACAGCUUGGAAAUUUUUACAAGAUGCCAUAGCAUCUUGUUACGAUUGUUGGCAAAUAUGGGAUAAUUUGAUGAUCGUAAGCAUUGAUUUGGGACAUUUUUCGGAGGUUAUUCGAUGUUAUCAUCGUAUUUUGGAUUUGAAAAAUAAUCAUUUAGAUGUUCAAGUUCUCCAAAUAUUAACAAAUGCUAUAGUAAAUAAUAUUAGUGAUGCGAACGGAAAUCCAGCAUCUCGUUUGCUUCAAAAUAGUUUGGAAUUAUUUGGAAGAAUCACUUCUAAUAUACUUAAUAAUCCAGAUAUUUGGAGAAUGUACGCUGAACUUGUCGUACUGAAAAAAACAGACGUUGACGAAGAGAGAGCGGCACAGUAUCUACAAAAAGCAUAUCGUUUUAUCACUUCAAAUCCAUGGAGUCACAGCGAAGCUGCAACUCUAAAAAUGUCUUUCGUGGGAAAAGUCGUCUUAAUAACAGGGGCUAGUUCAGGAAUAGGUGCUGCAACAGCUAUUCACUUAUCUCAGUUUGGGGCAUCAUUGUCGAUAAGUGGACGUAACAAGGACAAUUUAGAGAAGGUAGCUAAACAAUGUGAAUGUGGACAAUCCAAGCCAUUCAUCGUAACGGGAGAAUUAACUAAUGAGAAUGAUGUGAAAAAUAUUAUCGAUUCGACGAUCAAGCAUUAUGGCAAAUUAGAUGUUUUAAUUAACAGCGCCGGAAUUUUGGCAAACGGUAGUAUAGAGACCACAAGCUUGGAAGAGUACGACAAGAUUUUCAACAUAAAUGUUCGUUCGAUAUAUCAAUUAACAAUGCUGGCAGUGCCACAUUUAAUCAAGACGAAGGGCAACAUUGUAAAUAUCUCUAGCGUAAACGGAUUACGAUCUUUCCCAGGUUGUCUGGCAUAUUGUAUGAGUAAGGCGGCCCUGGAUCAAUUUACGCGUUGCGUUGCUUUAGAUUUGGCAUCAAAACAGAUACGUGUGAAUGCCAUAAAUCCUGGCGUUAUAGCAACAAAGCUGCAUGAAACCAGUGGAAUGGACAAAGAUCAGCUUAAAAACUUUUUCGAGCGCGGUAAACAGACGCAUGCUCUAGGAAGAACGGGCAACGUUUCAGAAGUCGCAAAGACUAUUGCAUUUCUAGCGAGCGACGAGGCUAGUUUCAUAACAGGAGCAACAUUACCUGUAGAUGGAGGUAGACAUGCCAUGUGUCCUCGUUAA